AGAGACACGUCGACUCUUCCCCGAUUAAUGCAAGCACGUUGUGUUUAUAGGUAGGGGAACGCGCGUUGCAGGGAUAUAAGUGAAAUUACGCGUAACCACUUAAAUCAGAAGCGAUUGAAUCCGGAUUCCAUUGUAUGUAUGUAGCUAUAGCGGUCACAUAAAGCACACUCUGCUUUACCCGCUGCUGCUGGAAAUCAAAAGCUGUACAUGGCGGUGGAGAAUAUCUGGUUCUUCUGUCUACUUUCUCUGGGUUACUGUGGACUAUCCGUGCAAGAGAAGCCCCUGUCAGUAGAGCUGAGCUGUGGUGCCGGUCCUGUCCAUGUGGUUCUGGAGCCUGACCGCCCUCUGCUGCUGGACUGCCACCUGGGGGCCACUGAUCCACCACUCAACGUGACCUGGCUGCGGGAUGGCGUGGUGCUCUCUGAGGCUCAGACUAUCCGGCCUUUAGCCAAUGGCUCCCUGCUCAUCUUGCCCACCACCACAGAUGGCCAGGCUCCUGUGGGUGUGGAGGGUGGAUACAGCUGCCUCAGUACCAGCUCGACUGGAGCCUUGACCAGCCGGACUAUCAGCCUCCAUCUCGCUAGCUUGUCUUAUUUUCUUCAGGAUCCUGAACAUCAGGUUGUGCCAUUAGGUGGCACUGCACGGUUAGAAUGCUAUGUAGAUGGUUUGCCUACCCCAAGUAUCACCUGGGAGAAAGACCAAGCACCCUUACCUUUACCUGCAGACGAUCCAGAAGGAUCCAGGUACAUAUCUCUCCCUAAUGGGGUCCUGCAGAUCUUAGGGGUCACUAAGGAAGAUGAAGGCAUGUACCGCUGUGUGGCCUUCAACACUGCCCGCAAGCGCUUUAGUCAAGAUGCAUCUCUCAAAGUCAGCCCAGGUCUGUCUCAGGAGAGCGGGGUGGUUAUUGUCGCUCCGCCACUGAACUCUACAGUGGUCAUGGGUCGGCCGGCUGUGAUGGAGUGCAUGGCUCUGGGUGAGCCCAAACCUUUCGUUUCGUGGAGCAGACAAGAUGGGAAGCCUAUAGAUACAGAUGUGGUUGUCCUGGCAACCAACCUAGUAAUUCCUGACACCCGCAGUCACCAUGCUGGAGUGUAUGUGUGUCGUGCCAACAAACCCAAGACCAGAGAUUUCGUUUCCGCUCCUGCUGAGCUUCGAGUACUAGCUCCGCCAAUCAUCCUCCAGCCUCCAGAGGCAGUGUCUCUGUCCCGCGGAAAUACUGCUCGCUUUGUGUGUAACAGUUCCGGUGAUCCUCCCCCCACCCUGCGAUGGUUGAAGAAUGGAGAGGAGGUCCAGUCUAAUGCCCGAGUUAAGACUCAGAACCCUGGAGUUCUGCUGAUCAACCAGCUGCGGCUGGAUGAUGCAGGAUACUACCAGUGUAUUGCUGCCAACAGCCUGGGUACAGCCUGCGCCACUGCCAAGCUCUCCGUCAUUGUGAGGGAGGGGUUGCCUAGCCCUCCACGCCACUUGGUGGCCACGCCCCACUCUAGCACAUCCGCGCUGCUCACCUGGGAACCACCUGAACACAACAGCGACCAGAUAAUCGGCUUCUCUGUGCAUUACCAACGCACGGCAGGCUCAGAUAACAUGGAGUAUCAGUUUGCGGUGAAUAAUGACACUACAGAGCUCCAUUUAAAGGAGCUGCUCCCUCACACAGCCUACACUUUCUAUGUCGUGGCCUAUUCACCCAUGGGGGCCAGCCGCCCAUCACAGACCGUUACCAUAGAGAUGCUAGAGGAUGUGCCCAGUGCUUCUCCCCAAUUAUCUCUGCUCAGCACGUCUCCUACUGAUAUCAGAGUGAUGUGGCUGCCCCUCUCGUCUCAGCUCAGCCGCGGAGCCAUCACGCACUAUCGCAUUGACUACAGGUCACCGGAUCAGGCGGAUCACAUGUACUAUUUAGAAGUUGGUGGGAACGAAACACAGGUUACCCUGAGGGACCUUACACCAAAUCAAACAUACCAGCUGCGGAUAGCAGCGGGGACACGAGCUGGGUUCAGUCAGCCUUCUGAGUGGGCUACACACCACACGCCAAACCUUACUCAGGUGCUCUUUGCUCCGACUGAGCUCAAAGUGAGAGCCAAAAUGCAUUCCCUCCACGUCACAUGGCAGCCACCACCCAAUCACACUCAGAUCACCGGCUACAAGCUUUCCUGGCAGGAGGUGAACGGAGAUAAACCGACCAAUGAGGAGAGCCCUGUGAUCAAUGAGAGAAUCCAGACGGGUCAACAGAUUAAACUGAGGAAGAGAGUUAAACAUUAUGAGGUCACGGGCCUCUCUCCCGAUCGGCUGUAUGAGGUGAAGGUUUGGGCGUUUAAUAAACAAACUGAAGGUUACCCUGCUAUCUGGAAGGGCAAAACUGAGAAGUUCACAGAGCGAGUGCGGACUCCCAACUCUAUGCCGCCGUUGCCGCCCAUCAGCGUCAGAGCUCGUGCGAACAGUUCCUCCUCCAUCUGGCUUCGCUGGGAGAAGCCGCGCUUUAGCAACGUGCGCAUCAUCAACUACACUAUACGCUGCAACCCAGCAGGAAUACGCAAUGCAUCGCUGGUCUCAUACUACACCAGUUCUUCUCCGGAGAUUCUACUGGCAUCACUGAAGCCUUUCACCAUCUAUGAAAUGGCUGUGCAGUCUAAUGGUGUUGAUAUAAGUGGGCCUUUCAGCAGCACCGUGGAGGAGUCCACACUUCCAGAAAAACCAUCCUCUCCUCCUGUGGACAUGCAGUUAAGUGCGCUGGACUCAUCCUCUGUUCUGGUAAGCUGGCGCCCUCCACUUGAGCCAAAUGGUAUCAUUUUGACUUACCGGAUCCUCUACACUGGCAACAUUAGCUAUCCAGAGCAACUGUGGAUACAUACCACACUCAAGGGCUCUGUCACCAGCGCAGAGGUCCAAGGCCUGAAGAGUGGCACGCGUUACUAUUUUAAGAUGGGGGCCUGCACUGAAAUAGGAGUUGGACCAUUUUCUACUGUGAAGGAUGUCUAUACUCCUCCAAAUAAAUAUGAGCUGGAUAUCCAUUCUGUGACUGGUAUCAUCGUUGGGGUGUGUCUUGGUCUUCUCUGCAUCCUGUGCUGCAUGUGUGUCAGUUUCCGCAAUGGAAAAACAAGGGAUGUGUCUGGGGUACUGGACUCUAGUUCUUUGAGUCCUCAGUACAGGAGAGGUACCCGACCGGUGCCUUCUACCACACCUGACUGCAUCGACUGCCAUGAGCUGGAAACACUCAUGCCCCCUUGUAUUAAAGACCACACCAGACCCCUCACAGAGCCCAGCGAGGAGCAGAGUCUUAUGAGUAAUGUGGGAGUGGCUGAUGAUUGCCCUCCAGAGUCCAAGCCAGCCUGGAAUGGAUCAGUAAGUCGGAACUGGGCCAAUCGGAUCACAAGGUAUAGAGAUACUGUAACUGAGGAUUCUUCUGCUCUCAUCAAUGGAGCUAUAGAGGGACCUGCAUCAGAGAAUAGUAAGGGUGGUCAUGAGGAGAGAAUUUAUUCCAUCAGCAAGAACCAGGUGGAGGCUGAAGUGAUUGUGCAUCCGCAGCUGUCCAAUACAGCAGUUGAACAGGAUCCACAAAGUGACAUGGAGCUCUGUCUUGAUACUCCAUCUUCCCAGGACCCCUUUCCCGGAGAGCAGGCAACUCCAUCAUCCCCUCACCAGCGGCACACAACCCCCCCUCCUUCCUGUGCCCACAGUGAGGACAACCAUGAAACUGAAUCUCCAUUUCCUCCCAUCCCCAGCACUCACAUCUCUGAGGUACUGUCCAAUCACAAUGGACCAUUUGAGAGUGGGCUCAGUCAGCCAACAGUGGGCGUUGCCAAAAACCAAGGAACAGGGCUUACUAAUGGCUUUCACUCGCCAAAAGCCCUUCGGCUGAAGGCAGAAACUCUGGAGAACGGGGCCCACAGACUGUGUCCGGUGGGAAAGGUCCUGCCCACACCGGCUCUCCCCCCUUCCCCCUCGUCCUUUGCCAGUUCUGGUUUUGUCCAGUCUACCUCAGGGGCGCAUAGCUAAAAAGCUGAAGGAAAGGGAAUACAUCAAAACAGUGGUCCUAAUAUUCUAGGACAGAAGAAGAAAAGACAAGGGAGGAGACUUCAACAGCACCUUCUCUGCUGGAGUGAAGUUUUUUUCUCGUAGCCACGAACGCCUCCUCUCACGGUUUUAUUAAAACCUUUGGGUUCCAUUAUUUUAUAUGUAUGUACAUAUACAGAAUAUUUUUUUAACACUAGUAUCCAUGGAUAUGCGUUUUACGGCAUAUGGGUGGCACACUUUAAUCUCUCAUUGUCUGCAUGUACAGAGCGAGCUGACAUGAUUUGUUUACGUGCACACGUUAUGUCAGAGUGUUUUUACUUCGAGGUGAUGGAUCCUGAGGCCAGCACCAGCGAGACCGUAGCGCUGAGAUUAGCCAUGCCCGUGGAAACGGAGCAGAACUCAUUCACGGUUCAGAGUAAUAGAUUGAUUCGAGAAUAGCACGAUCAGUGCUAGCAGGUGUACACCCAUUCUGUCAAAGAGAACCCAUUACCCUGCCACAAAACACCACCUCCUGCUGUCUCAGGGUCGCCUACCCCCUCCCCGCCCCCAAACGCACAUACACAGAUCUGUGCUUUGGAAACAGUUCUUCCAAAAAUACCACGUGGAUAUUGAACCUUAAUACAAUAAGAAUAAAACACAUUCCCUGACUGGAGCUUUAGUGUCUCAGGAGUCUAACGUUCAAGGUGCGUUUAUCAAGUUCCGUAUGUACAUAUACAUGAAUGCUACAUGUACAAAAACACGUGGAAAUGAAGAAAACAACAACAAAUGGACUUGAUGUACAUUUUCGACUGUUUGAAAUGUGCCCCGAAUGUACGCGUAAAAGAGAUGUCGCGCUAAUCCAUGGUCCAAGUUUUUCUCAGUCAACAACACUACCUCAUUUCUUCACAGGACUAUUCUUUACGUGCGGUUUUAAUGAGUUUCAUUAAAGAGGCGACUUGUUAAAUCCGUUUUUAAGCCGUCGAAUUCAUAGCCUUUGAUAAUAGCAGAAUCUACUGCCUUUCUCACUCGGUGUCUGUAUUCUUGUGUAACGGUUACUGAAACUUGUCUGGGAUUAUUCGUCAGUGUACAAGCAUGCUGUCAUCAUCUUAUUCAGUCCUUACUGUUGUUGCUGUGGGGGAAAUGUCUCUUGUUCACUUGUCAAGACAGUUUUGCAAUAUUUUAAACAGGAUGGAAGGCUAACCACACAGUUUAACCAGAGACCUCAGCGUUUGUGUCCAUGUGCUCUACUCGUUGACUCGCCAGUCAUCUCUUUCCUCAGGGAACUCUUCGCAGGGAGUCUGAGAACAUUAGGAAAUGGUCAAACUAGGAGAAAAGCCUCCAUUUCUCAGACAGCUUUUGAUCCGUAUGGAAUCAUUACAUUUUUUGUGUCUUUUAACCACGUGUCUGUAGCCACAUUGGAACUGUAAAUAGUUGAAUCCUCCAUGCAAAAAUCAUAUUUGUAUUGCUGCUGAAAGCAGGGUCUGUACCUCUAUUAGCUUCCCUUUUUUAUUUAAAGUUCCUUUUAAGAAAAACAAAUAUGUAUUUCAUGUUAAUGUUAUGUUUUUAAGCAAGCAUUAAAAAAGUUUAAAUUCGCUGUCAUCACAUCAGGUCAUUGACAGGACUGCCAGUGAUGCCACCACAGCUUUCACUGGCCACAGUUCAUGUGUUCGUCUCAAAUAUGAAUUCAAUAGCAAACUUCACUGACUAGUGCUUAGGUACGAGAGCAAGACUAUGUUCUUUUCAAGAUGGUCUUUUAAACAUUCCAGUUUUUAUAUGUUAAACUCAGGACUGUUCAUGUCGAAAAUGAAGAUGAAUGUCUACUACAGCUACUUUUAGUAACAUAAGCAUAUCUCGCACAGCGUUAGUGUGGUUAGUCAACAAGUCAUCCUUGAUCUGUAGCUUCCUGUAUAGUCCCUACUUAAUACUGAGAUUAUGUACCCAUUUGUUAAACUUGUUGUAGAGUUAAACUGUAAAAAUGGGAUGGGAAUACAUUUUCACUUGUGCAUUUGCCGUUGCCACGGGUAUGAUGCUUGUGUGAGUUCUGUUCAGACAUAUAUGAGAAGAGUGAACAUGGUUGUGCUGUUGUCUCAGUUUGCUCGAGUCCAAGUACCUACAAAAUGGCAUCAGUCUAUAGACGGUUUCAAAGCAAUAACAUAUAGAAAUGCUACUGCGCGUGCACGCUUUUGUGGCCCAAACUUAACUCCCGGUAAACAUCCUGAAAAGAUAGAGUCCCCGAUUAUUUCGGAAUACAAGCAAAAGAAAUAUAACAAGAAAAUUACAUUAGCUAGCUAGUGAAAAGUAUGUCUAGCCAGUAUUAUUUUGGGUCACCAGUAGAAGAACCAUUACUUGGCUAAACUUAAAUGUGACAAAGUUACACGAACCAUUCAACAAAUUGAUUAUUUAAUCAAAUUAACAUACAAUAAAGUGCAACAAAUUGUUUAUUAUUAUAAAAUAAAAUAUUAAUUUAAAUUAAUAUAAAUUAAUUUAAUUAUAAAUAGUUAUAUUAUUAGCGACUAGACCGAUCAACAAACACAGACCUAAGUUAACUUCGGGCCAGGCGAGUACAUCCGAUGAAACCGUCUAUAGUGUUAACACGCCUACGACAAUAGAAAUGUUCUGGGGAAAUCUAAUUUUUACUUUGGUCUGAAAUGCAGAUUUGAGAGGAUUAUAUGUUAUUUUCGCUAUGUUGGCACACUAAAAUGUGCACACAAAGGCUUCAUGUUAAAAGAUUUAUUUGUUUCCAUUAUUAUGUGUUAGGCAGUACUAGUAGUGUAUACCAACUUCAACUGAUGAGUUCAUUGUUGUCACUGCUGAAGCGAACAAUAAAGACCAGCACUCAUGUUAAUCGAAUGCUGGUUAGGUGCUGGUUAAGCUGGUGGACCAGCAAUGCCUAGCUGGUGGUGCUGGUCAACCAGCUUGGCUUUUUAGUUAAGCUGAGAAAUCUUGCUGGUUAGGUUAGUUAAGAAGCCAGGUGAAGACUCCAGCUUGCCAGCAUCCACAACACACUAUGCUGGUCUUUCAGGGUGUUUUACCUCAUUUUAACAGGCUGGUUUCUAUAUUCAUGCUAUAUUUUUAGGAUGGCAUUGUCAGAAUGUGGAAAAGCAAAACAUUUGACUGUUAAGCAUGUAUGUAUUUGUUGUUGAGAUGGGUAAUGUCAGAGAGUUUUUAUAUGCUAAGGUUGAGGCUGGUCAGAGCGGGCUCCUAUGUCAAACCAUACUUCUUAAAACAGACACGAGUAUAUCUGGUUGUAUUCUUAUGCUGCAUAUAAUCAGUGCAUAUUGCUGAGGUGCCCUGUCUUUGUAUAAAAACAUUGCAGAAAAAUGCCAGCUGGCUCUGAUGUUUCACAAGUGUGUAAAUCUCAUAUCAUGUGGUCCUGAAGACUUUUAGUAACAGGGGAAAAGUAACAAAUUAUUACACUGGCAUGUUUCGUUAUUGUUUUCUUAUGCCAGUUUCUCUCUUUUUUUUGUGUGUAAAUUAUUUUUAUGUGCUUUAACCCAACCAGCAGACCUGUGCGUUUUUGAUAUUCUCACCACACAUACUGUAAACUCAUCAGUGUAACACCAGCAGCAGUAUGGUCUUUGAGGUUUCUGACAGUCACAACAUUAACUACGUGUGUUUGUCCGUGACAUGUCACAGGAAAACAGGUUUAGAGACAGGGAGAAGCCUUUAGUAACCAGUUAGUGUCCCAUAAUAAACUGCAGUUCAUGGAUCUGUGAAUCUCUGUGCAGUUCCUGCAUUAUUACAUAUAUGGCCAUCGUUAUGAUUCUUUAUAUGCAGAAUAUGUAAGAAAACCUUGUUUACCUGCCUAAAUUGGACUUAAUUAUUUUAACUGGAACAGUUUUCCCCUGUGAAUAAUUGAUGGAUUGAAAUUAUAUCUGAUGACUGAUCAAAUGUAGAUGCUCAUAUUCUAUACAUGAGCUGUGAAGGAUUGAGUCUGUUGUCAGGUGGAUGAAUGCAGUGGAUGGUGGUGAUGUUAUAGUGUUUAUUUUCUUCCUCAGUUACUGUCUCUGUGUGAUUUGCAGUGAAAGUCUCUGCAAACUUGUACUAUGUAAAUAAACAUAUUAAUAAUA